AAUUAAAGAAAAUUAAGAAAAAAAAUAUAAGAAAUAAUAAGAAUUUUUUGGAAAAUAAAUUAUGACGGAUUCUUUUAAACUGGCUGAAAUGCAACGCACAAAUAUUGAAUUUGAACGUCAACGUCAUUUGGCAAAUUGGUUAAUCAAAAGUAGUCCUCAUAUGGCAACGCCACCAACACCAGCAACAACACAACAUCAGCAGCAACAGCAACAUCAUCAAGCCUCCAACUCUACUAGUUGUAACAACACAGCGACAACAACAGCUUUAUCUACUGCUGCAGCAGCACAAAUAACGCCAGCUACGUUGGCAGCAAACUCCAACAAUACAACAUCAGCAGCAGCAACAAAUCCAUCAUCAUCAUCAUCACAACUACCAACAUCAUUAUCAUCAUCCAAUAAUGGAGCAACAUUAACUACAAAUAGUGCUAUUUCACCCAAUAAUAUAAAUGGUUCUGCCGCCGGUCACACUCCAGCGAAUGGCUCGAAUCAUAACACACAACAACAACAUCAUCACUACAAUGCCAAACAACAUGGCAGCUCUGGUUGUGUAAGUGCUACUAACAAUACCUCAAAUACAAAUCCUGUUUUCUAUUUAAUGGCUAGUAAUGGUAACACUGGUGCUGUAGGCGGUAGUGCCAAUGCCAUAAGUUCAUCGAACGUCACCGCGACCAGUAAACACAACGGACCCUUUCUAGGGCCCCACGCCCACCAUCCACACUCUCAACGCGGGCUACAUCAUUUGGCCGAGGGCCGCAAGGCGAAAUUAAGAAGAUUUAAUUCGCACGAUACAAGUUCGAAUAUGUUUUCGGUGGCUGAUUUUGAGAAUGCCCGUUUGGCGCGGCGCAAUGAAAUCGAAUUGAAACAGAGACUGCAACGGCGUAUGCGUCAUGGUUAUAGUGGUGGCAGUGGUAGUGGUCUGUUAACAGGGGGACCCUGUGGCCAGGGUUUGCUGACAGGGGGUAUGGGUGAUUAUUCAACGGGUGAUAGUAAAACUUCGAAAAAUAGUAAUGAGUCUCAAAAUGAACCGUUGCAGGUGGAAGAAUUCCUGGAACGUUAUUCCCUGCCCCGUGUGGUGCGCAUUUCCUAUAAAACUCUCUUCUCCAAUGAAACUUUGCAAUCUUCAUCAUCCAACAAUUCAUCCACCGCUACCUCUAACUCUUCAACGAGUGCUAAAAAUGCGGCCGCGCCUGCUGCUGCUACCUCCUCCUCCGAUGCAAAUAUGUUGAGUUCAAAUUCGAAUAGCAAUACGGGUACAUCAUCCUCUAGCACUUCUUCAGGUUUGGGUGGCGUGGGUGUUAGUGCUAAUCCCACUUCCCAGACUUUGGGCAGUAAUAGCAGCAAUAAUAGUGGCGGCAAGUCGCUGGCGAAUGAGGGCAAUCAAACGGUUAAUGAUAACGCCAAUCACAAUGGCCAACACGACGAGGAACAGGGUGAACUGUUUUUACUGUAUCGAUUGGUGCGUCAACGCCAUAUUUAUCAUGGCCAUAAUGCCAAGACAACAGCGGCUAAUAGGAAGAAGGGUGUUAUGAUACCACAGGAAUUUCCAGGCUAUUUCUCUUUACUGAACGACAAGGGUAUGCCCACAGCCACUCUAUACACUUCGCUCGUUCAGCUGGUACGAGAACGAGUUUGCAAAUUUGUGUCAGUGGAAAAUAUGCCAGCUUUUAUGGAAUCUCAAGCGAAUGGCAGCACUGCCAAUUCCCCAACAGAAGGAUGUCUAAAUAUCUACUCCUCCAACUCGAAUAAUGCCAACAGCAGACCUCAGUAUGUAAAGACCACAGCCAGGGGUGGCCAAGUAUUCAAAUUGUUGGCCGUUUAUGAAGAUGGCAAACAGGAGCACACGGCCAUAGGCUCAACUAUGAGCUGUGGUGGUCUGGGUAACUCAAAACCCAAUUCAAGUCAUGGCCGGGAAAAGGAAAGAAGUCGUUAUGCCCAGUUGUUAAAUGAACAAAGACAAACAUUGUAUGUUUCCUUGGCUACCAAAGGUAAAUUCUAUGAAAUUGAACCGGGUAUACCCCAGAUUUUGCAAAAACGUCUGGAUAUGUCUAGUGAGGCGGGCCAGAAGAAAAUCAAUCCCGAUUGUGUGCACAGAAUAACGGCUUUGAUUACGCCUGUCAAGGAAUUGCCCAUGACCUUGAAGUAUAUCUCGGGACCCACGGGCUGUGCCAAUGCAAUACCCGAGAAUAUUUGCAUCACCAGAAUUACCACGGAAAAUGUGAUUAUAGCUUGUCCCAUAGAAGAUGUCGAUAUGCAAAGUCCCUUGCACUUGCGAAAAUUACAUCUAACCAAAGAAAUGCAAUUGGUCAAGAAUACUUUAGGCUUUGAGAACGAACAGCGCAUGCUGGCCAAUCCCAAUGUACAGAACAUUUUGAAAUUUUGUCAAUUCAACUGUGAUCAGUUUUUAAAAAUGGUAGAAGUAGAAAUUUUACAAAGAUCCGAAAGAUCCAUAUCCAAGUCAAGGGUGGAGGGCCUAAAAAUACUCAAACCUUUGCAUUUGCCCAAAUUGUUGAGGCGUGAGAAGACCACCAUUUCAGCUAGUGAAAAGGAAGACUCUAUUAUAUUUCUGAGUAAAUCAGAUUUGCAAAAUCUGGAGAACAAGGAGCAGGCCUUUGAUCAGCAGGCCAAUCGGAUAUCGGAAAAAAUGAAAGUGUUUCAGUCGACCAAAAAGAAAUGGUUCAAGAAGCAGGAUAAGAAUUCGGUGAAAUCGCUGACCUCUUUGGAUUUAGAUGUGCAGGCCAAGAAAAUGAGCAUGGAAAGAUACUCGGACAUGUCGAAAUUGCUGCAGGAAAGAUUUGGUGAUAAAACUCAUCCUCAGAACGAGCUGCACUCUGAAUGUGCUUCGGAGCUAAGUGGCGGUAAUUCGGAUAUUGGCUGUUCCGAUACAGAGACCACCACUUUGGCCACCAUUAAUGAAAAGUUCAACAAGUUUUCGGCCAAUAAAAUCAUGGCCACUGAACCCAAUAUUUUGCAGAAAUCCAUGUCUUUGCAGGAUAUAGAUGUUAUAGGCCGCCGGCUGCGUAAGCCAGAUCUAUUGGCUUCGCAUCACACCACAGAUACCAUUUCAGAGGCUGGCACCGAUAUAGAGGACAUGGAGAAUCGUGAACCCUUGCAAACCUCCUUCAUAACCGAGAAACUGUACAAUGAGUUUCAUGUGAAAACCAAGCAAUAUAGUAAAUCCUCUUCGAGUUUGCAUCAACUGCUCAACUUUUCUUUGCCACAAAAAAUGCAAAUAGGAGAAAAUAAAAGAUCUCUGGCCCAGCUGAAGAAUCAAUCUAAUCACAAUAACAACAAUAGAUCUUUUGACAAACGGCUAGAGUUCAAUAUAGGAGAACCGGUUACGGGAAGGAGAGCUGCCGGAGGUCUGUCUCUUUUGGGCCAUCACUCACAAUCGCAAAAUACUUCUUUGAUGUCGCCCCUAACACCCUCCAGUUUUAUAGAAGAUGAUUUACCCUACUCCAGUGUACGCGACUCUUUGAUACUAUCCAGUGAUGAGGGCAGUCCCCCGGAUGUGCCCACGGGCAAUAUACGACAAGCUUUACAUUUGCUAGACUAUACUAAGGAGAAUAUUUAUGCGGAAAUAUGUCAUGAAGCUAGUGCCAUGGGUGGUAUACCUUCUUCUCAAACACGUGAUACAUUUUCGGCAGCUACACAUUCCACACAGAUCUCAGAUGAUUACGGGGACUAUGCCUCACUCACCUAUCCCCCACAGCCGUUGCCGAUGGCAUCAGCGUCCGCCCACAAUCUGGGCAGUGCUAUAAGUCGUGUGCAAAUUAACUGCUCGGCCAGUCCAGUGUCCUAUCACACUGUGUAUCUGGGCGAGGAACCUUUAGGAGAAAUUUAUGCUGCCGACAAGGCCAACAACAGCAAACAUAAUGCAAACAACAGCAAGCAGCGUCAUGCUCGCAACGAUCGUUCGCAUGUGACCACAGUGGAUGUGGGUGCGAAUGGUGGCACUGUAGGUGCCCGGGCCUUAACCGGUAGCCAGUCUGAUUCAGGUGGUCUUGACAAUAUUUAUAAUACGCUCAAAUGAUGACUAAUGUGAUUUAGUUGGAAAUUGGGGGCAUCGGUUUUAAGUGUUAUUAGUGGUAAAUUAUUUUGAAUGGAAGGUAUGUAGUGGCAGAGUUAUUGAUAUGAGUUUUAUGGUUUU